UAACCUUUAGUUUGUUUCUACCUUUUGGCUACUGUGAAUAGUGCUGCUAUGGACAUUUGUGUAUAAGCAUUUGUUUGCAUACCUGUUUUCAGUUAUUUUGGGUGUAUACCUAAGAGUGAAAUUGCUGGGUCAUAUGAUAAUUCUCUAUUUAACUUUUUGCAGAGCUGCCAUACUGUUUCGCACAGCAGCUGCACCAUUUUACAUUCCUACCAUCAGUGUAGGAAGGUUCCGGUUUUUCUGCAUCCUCACCAACACUUGUUGUUUUCUAGUUUUUUGAUGAUAGCCAUCCUAAUGGGAGUAAAGUGGUGUCCGUGGUUUUGAUUUGCCUUUGAUUAGUCGUGUUGAGUAUCAUGUGCUUCUUGGAAAUUUGUAUAUUUUCUUUGGAGAAAUGUCUAUUCAAGUCUUUUGCCCAUUUUGUAAUUGGGCUGUUUGUUGUUGUUGAGUUUCAGGUGUUCUUUACAUAUUCAGGAUAUUAAUCUCUUAUCAGAUAUAUGAUUUACAAGUAUUUUCUCCCAUUCUAUGGGUUGCCAUUUCACUUUGUCCUUUGAUGCACAAAAGUUUUAAAAUUUUGAUAUAGUCCAUUUUAUCUAUUUUUUCUUUUAUUGCUUGUGCUUUUGGUGUCGUAUUCAAGAACUUGGCAAAUACAAUAUCAUGAAGCUUUUCCCCUGUGUUCUUCUAAGACUUUAUAGUGGUUUUUUUUUUUAACAUGAAAGUUACCAUUAAAAAAAUUUUUUUUUCAUUAGUUAAUUUAUUUUUGGCUGUGUUGGGUCUUUGUUGCUGCACGCAGGCUUCAGUAGUUGUGGCUCAUGGGCACUAGAGUGCAGGCUCAGUAGUUGUGGUGCACGGCCUUAGUUGCUCUGCGGCAUGUGGGAGCUUCCCGGAGCAGGGAUUGAGCCCGUGUCCCCUGCAUUGGCAGGUGGAUUCUUAACCACUGUGCCACCAGGGAAGCCCCUAAGACUUUAUAGUUUUCUCUCUUACACUUAGGUCUUUAGACUUAAUAAUCCAGCUCAAACCAUUCUAGUUCCUUAGUUCCCAGAAUUUUCCCAUCUACAUUUGUUAUGGUCACACUCUUCUUUGUGUUUAGAGUUCCUGUUUCCCUAUCUUUGUGUAUUCACAGUAUUGCCAUAUUUCAUGGUCUGUUCCAAUUGCUGCUUCAUAAAGUCUGUCUGUAGCUCACCAACUGAGAGACUCUCUUCUUCUGAUCUCCCAUUAGUGCUCUAGUUUCACUUUUCUUGUAGGAUUUAUACACUGCCUUAUAUUAUAGUUUAUAUCUAACGUCUAAGACAUAUAGAUGUUAAGUAUGUUUUUUCACAUUUGUUUCUGUUAUAGUAUUUUGCAAAUGAUUUUAUCUGUUUAUCAAUAAAUAUUUAUGUUUUAUUUUUUCCAGUAUAGUCCCUUUUGUUUACUCAACCCUCGUGGAAGGAAUGGGAAAAGACAGGCCAGGGAAGGAGGACACCACAAGAGUUCUCUCUAGGUAGUGAGUGGGUGUGGGUUUAGUUCUACUUCAGAACUCACCUUUUUAGAAAAUUUUCCUAAUAAUGUGCAUAACUUGGCAUUGUAGUGCUAAUUUGGUAUUGCAUUUGAUUUCUACUUUUUGGUUUAUUGCUUAUAAAUGUGAUGAUAGGUCUUUUAAAAUGAAUGUUUUCCUUCCCCAACUAGAUUAGAUUGACUGUUUCUCUAGUUAGAUGGUAGUUUCGGACAACCAAAACUUUUUUUUUUUUUUUUGCAGUACGCGGGCCUCUCACCGUUGUGGCCUCUCCCAUAGCGGAGCACAGGCUCCGGACGCGCAGGCUCAGCGGCCGUGGCUCACGGGCCCAGCCGCUCCGCGGCAUGUGGGAUCUUCCCGGACCGGGGCACGAAUCCAUGUCCCCUGCAUCGGCAGUUGGACUCUCAACAACUGCGCCACCAGGGAAGCCCAACCAAAACUUUUGUUGCUUUUUCCUCUAAGUUGAUGUUUUAAAAUACACAAAUAGUAUACGAAUAUAUUCUUUGUAUAAAAAGUCACACAUUACAAACAAGUCUAAAGUUCCCUUUUAUCGAUCCAAUUCCCAUCCUAGUGCCUUUUCCCUUCCUCAGAGUUAAUCACUGUUAUUAAUUUUAUAUGAGCCCUGCCAGACUUUUCUAGGCAUCUAUAUUGUAUAUAGAACUUCAUGUAUAAUACAUAUAUGUAUAAUUAUAGUCACAUAUAAUUAUUUCUCUUUUUCACAACUGCCUGUGGUGAUCAAUAAUCUGUAGAUAUGAAAUAAAUCUUACUGAUACCUGGGCCUGAGAGACUGGAAUGACAAGUGAAAGGUCAAACAUAUGAAAAAGCAUCAUAUGUGUCCAACUUACAAAAUUCCAUUCCAUAUCUGUUCUACGUAUAGUCCCCAGGUAUCACUGGACAGGCCAUGGCUCCACGGUCCCGAUGACGAAGGCACAAGAAACUCCCCUCAUCAGUGGCUCCCGUGGUUGUGACCCCACCCACAGUUGUGACUCCUGUGCCUCUGACCCUCUCAAAACCUGGACCUAGCAUUGAUACACUUGGCUUCUUCUCCUUGGAGAAUAAUGUUCCUGGCCUAUCCCAGCUGAUCCCAAAGCUGAACAUGAAAAGCUAUGAAGAAUACAAGUUGGUGCUAGAUGGGGAUACUCCUGUAUCAGGCUUUGGAUAUCGAUGCCUUCAAGAAAUGUUCCAGAAGAUGGAGGACACAUUCCGAUUCUGUGCUCACUGUAAAGUACUCCCUAGUGGCCUUUCAAACUCCAGGGUCCUCCGUCAUUCUCUCAGGUGCAGAAGUGUCUAUUACUGUGGUCCAGAGUGCCAGAGGUCAGACUGGCCAGCACACAGGAGGGUUUGUCAAGAGCUGCGUCUUGUAGCUGUGGACCGUCUCAUGGAAUGGCCUCUGGUCACAGGUGGUUUUGUCCUUCCCUCAGGACCUUGGUCUUGGCUGACUGAAGGCGCACAGGGCUGGGACACCUGGUUUUCUAUGUGACGUUUACAGCUAGAGGCUACUCUGGAUGCUAUGCUUGGUAGUCAGGCCAUGACCACCCUGUGGGCCAGUGUAGGAUGGCCAAGGCCAGAUCCAGAUGUCCUGCAGGGCUCUUUGAAGCGGUUGCUGACAGAUGCCCUGUCACGGCCCUUGACACUGGGCUUUGGGCUUCGGGCCUUGGGGAUAAAUGUUGGGAAGGUCGGGGGAAGCACAGUGCACGUGGUUGGUGCUUCUCAUGCAGAGACAUUCCUCACUCACCGGGACUAUGAUGAACUUGGCUACAUGUUUCCUGGGCACCUUGGCCUCCAUGUAAUCAUGGUUGGUGUAGAUGUAGCUGCUGGCUUUUCACAGAGUGCCUCACCUUCACUCCUGGAACCUGGCACAGUUCAGCUUAGUAGCCAUAGGGGCCUCUAUCAUGACUUCUGGGAGGAGCAGGUAGAGUCUGGGCAGAUAGCCCAUCCAGAUUUGGUGGUGGCAUUCCAUCCAGGUUUCCAUGCUUCCCUGGACCUGAUGGAGGCUUGGCUGCCCACCCUCUUGCUACUUCGUGAUUAUGAGAUCCCUACAAUGAUUACUGUUUACAGCCAGCAGGAGUUGGCAGCCUCUUUGCAGAUUCUGGUGGACAUGGAUACACACAUCACAGCCUGUGGAGCUAAUCCUUUUGCGUCCCUCAAACCUGAACAGGUCUACUCCAACCCCAACAAGCAGCCAGUAUACUGCAGUGCCUACUAUAUCACGUUUCUUGGAAGCUCCUGCCAGCUGGAUAAGAGGCAAUUGGAAGAGAAAGUAAAUGGCAGGGUAUAAAUAGCUGAGCCAGAUCCUGACUGGAUGUCUAGAAAAUGCAGAGAUUGUGAUGAAAUUACCUGCUGAUGCCAGAUUAUUGCCAACUUUCAAAUCCACUAUAUCGUAAACUUAAUUCACUUGUCCUGGUAGAUUCUAAGCUGAAUGGGAGCUCCUGUAUGAUGUGACUCAUUUCCAAGAGGUUAGCCACAUGUAGCUUCUAGAGACAGGAUUCUAGAUUUAGUGUGUGGAGACAGGAUUCUAGAUUUAGUGUGUGACAAAAGGCCCUUAUAUCAGUCUUUGUAGAGCCUUAAGUUCCUAAGAGUUUCCUUCAUGAGAAAGUUAUACGUUUUGACUUUAACCGGAUGGCACCAAGGAGAAGAAUGGCACCUUAUUCUUCUGAAAAAGACUUUCUUCUUAUACAGCAAUUUGGGCUAAAAAAUGCAGAAGUCUUAAUGACUUGAAGUAGUGGAAAAAUGAGGAAGUCAAAGAAGUGGUUGGGAACGUGGGGGAGGUUGUGAGGAUUGGCACACUGUUCUACUUCCUGGCUUUUUCGAGAUACAUGUCUCAUUUUCCUAUUUUCUCUUGGGGACUUCUAAUUUUAGAGCAGCUUUUUGCCCUUGUGUUGUAUUUUAGGUAUCCCAGGGUGUAUCAGGGUUACUUGAAUACACUGGAGUUUGUUAUCACCUGGUCUAUACCACAAUAAACUCAGUUUGGGGCUUCUUAAGUCACUUGUUUUAUCUUAUUUCCUGUUCACUGCCAAGUGUUACUUGUCUACACAGAACAUCUCAAGAUUGGAGGUUUCUCUCUUGCCAAAGGAGUGAUUAACAUCAGCUCUCUUUUUGGGUCUGCCAUUCUACCACACCCUGUCUAUUGUCAUCCUUCUCUUAUCACACUCUCAGGAUUAGGAUAUUCCCUGGAUAUUCAUUUCUACAACUUGCUGUGACCUCAGCCUCUCCACUUACAUCCAGAAUAUAUAUAUAGAACUCUUACAACUCGAUAAUAAAAGGACAAAUAACUCAAUUUAAAAGUGGGCAAAUGAUCUGAACAGAUGUUUCUCCAAAGAAGAUAUACAAAUGAUCGAUCAGCACAUGAAAAGAUGCUCAACAUCGUUAGUCAUCUGGAAAUACAAAUCAAAACCACAGUGAAAGAAAGUGCUUCUUUUGCUAGGAUGACAACAAUAAAAAAGACAAUAACAAGUGUUAACGAGGAUGUAGAGAAAUUGCAGCCCUCGUACACUGCUAGUAGGGAUGUAAAAUGGUGCAGCUAUUUUGGAAAACAGUCUGGCAGUUUCUCAAGAAGUUAAACAUUAAGUUACCAUUUGAUCCAGUUAUUCUGCUCCUAGGUGUGUACUCAUGAGAAAUGAAAAUAUUUGUGCACAAAUGUUCACAGCAGCAUUAUUCAUAAUAGCCAAAAGGUAAAAAUAACCCAAGUGUCCAUCAACUUGUGAAUAGAUAAACAAAAUGUGGCAUAUACAUAUAAUGAAAUAUUUGGCCAUAGAAAAGAAUGAAGUACUGAUUCAUGUUACAACAUGGAUGAACUUUGAAAAUACGCUCAUCCAUGUUCAUGUUAAGUGAAAAUCCAGUCAUAAAAAGACCACAUAUUGUCUGAGUGCAUUUAUAUAAAAUGUCUAGAGUUGGCAAAUCUAUGGAGACAGAAAGUAGAUGAGUGGCAGCAUAGAGAUGAGGAUGGUGAGCAUAUUGGGGAUGAUGGCUAAAGUGUAUGGGCUUUAUUUUUGGGGUGAUAUAAAUGUUCUAAAAUUGUGAUGGUACAACUCUGAAUAUAUUAAAAACCAUUGAAUUGUACACUUUACAUCAGUGAAUUAUAUCUCAAUAAAGCUGUUACCAAAAACAGUUUUUUAAA